CGGAAGUGAACCCGGAAGGAAAAUACAAUCAACUUCAGGUGACCUCAACCAAUAUGGCGGCGCUCAGCACGGUGUCAUGGUGACCGUUUGGCACUACAUUUUCGUGCAUUAAUUCCAGUUAUUCCAGGCAGAUUAUGGGUCUUUAUAACCCGUGAAGUUAGGCCAUGUUGGCAUUAUUGGUAGCCAGAAGGAAAGCCAGGUGUCUGGUCUCUCUGAGCAGGAGAUGGUCCACCAAACACACCGGGGGCUCCUCAGAUGGAGCAGCCGAAACCAGCGCUCCUCUCCCGGCCAGCGACAGCGAGCCGCCCGCUGCUGUGGAGGUGGAGCGCAGAGCCAGAAAAGACCCCAGCGACUGCUCCGUGCUGCUCUUCCCCGGCCAGGGCAGCCAGUUUGUGGGCAUGAGUAGAGGGCUUCUGAAGUACCCUAACGUGAAGGAGAUGUUCACGGUGGCCCAGAAGAUCCUCGGCUACGACCUGCUGGCUCUGUGUCUGGAGGGACCCGAGGAGGAGCUGAGGAAGACGGUUCACUGUCAGCCGGCGGUGUUCGUCACCUCGCUGGCUGCUGUGGAGAGGCUCAACCACCACAACCCACAGGCCAUUGAGACGUGUGUUGCUGCUGCAGGUUUCAGCGUUGGAGAAUUUGCUGCCCUGGUUUUUUCCGGUGCCAUGAACUACGCUGAAGCUCUGUAUGCGGUGAAAGUCCGUGCAGAGGCCAUGCAGAAAGCGUCAGAGCUGGUUCCCAGUGGCAUGCUGUCCGUCAUCGGUAAACCACAGGCCCAGUAUAAAUAUGCCUGUCUUCAGGCUAAAGAACACUGCACGAGCCUGGGGAUGGAGGAGCCGGUCUGCUCUGUGGCCAACUAUCUGUUCCCUGAUGGCAGGGUCAUCGCAGGGCACCAAAAGGCUCUGGAUUUCCUGCAGGAGAACUCUCGACGUCUCCAGUUCAUGAGGACCAAUCCUCUCCCGGUCAGCGGGGCUUUUCACACCGAGCUGAUGGAGUCGGCUACUGAACCCUUCAGAGAGGUGCUCAGACAGAUUGAGGUCCGGCGUCCCGAGAUCAACGUGUACUCCAACGUGGAUGGCAAGCGCUACAUGAACGAAAGCCACGUGCGGCGGCAGCUGGUGAAGCAGCUGGUGUCGCCGGUGAAGUGGGAGCAAACGCUGCACGAGAUCUACGAGAGGACGCAGGGGAGGAAGUUCCCUCACACCUACGAGGUCGGCCCGGGAAAGCAGCUCGGCGCCACGCUUCGAAAGUGUAACAGGAAGGCUUUCAAAACUUAUGCAAACGUGGAAGUCACCACUCAUGAAGACUAAUAAUGCAGAGGUCAAAAAAAUGGGCCUCGGUGCUCAUUUUAGUGUGGACAUGACCAGCAAGACUCCUGUGGUAGAUUCUUAUGGUCUUGUUUGUGUAUUAUUAUUAUGUAAUUAAAUAUUUUUUAUUAAUGAGA